AUGAGUACAUCCGGCAACCAACGGGUCGCUACUAAGGUCGAUCGGAAACGUAUUACGGACCGCAAAGCCCAGAGAAACCACCGAGAACGUGUCAAAGCAUAUAUCAGUCGCCUCGAGACCACUGUUGAGGAGCUUACCAAAGCAUCCCAGGAGGGCUCUGAAUGCAGUCUACUACAGAAGCUGCAAGAAAAGCAACUCGAGAUAGAACGGCUUAAGGGGGCGAUACGGCAAGCCAAUACAGCCCUGCGAACUGCCCUUGACACGACCUCCGCGUCCAUAACGCGUUCCCCCAUCGCCGAGAUCGUGCCUAGAGAUACCCCGGUAACAGAGAAUAACUCGCCGUCCGUAGCUGAGCAUGAAACGACACAAAGACUCAAUAACCGCAGAAUGCAGAUGGAAUACACGCUCGAGCUAGAAGAUAUAUCUCUCAAUAUGAACCGUGCCAGUCAAUUCCAAAAGAACAAUAAGAGAAAAGAUUUUGCUGCUCCAUAUAGCAAUCUAGCCUGUGGGGAUGGCCAGAUGAAUUACUUCCAGGUUCUGAAUGAGUCCCUGAUUCACGUCCUCAGUGGUGGCCCACUGACAACUUCUGCUGCUGAUGACGAUGACUUGACUAUUCGGGCCAUCUUACACGGAUGGGAUACUAUCAAGGAGGAGAAGCCACUCGACCGUGCCUGGAACUUUCUCAGAGCUCUAGACCAAGGCCUAUUUCACCGCACUGGCCCUGUGGAGCGCCUGGCUAUCUUGCGCCUAAUGCGAUCCAUGCUGAUGGUGGGUCGAAACAAGUAA